GAUUCUGCUCUGAAUGGCUGUCCGUAAACAACUGGAAUUGAAUCAGCUGCAUUUAUGAGACCACGAAGCACAUGCGUACUCCCGACGUCAAUUCACAGCCAGCUGGCUAAUUGUUUUCUUUUUUCUCGACAGAACCUCUGGCGAGGAGAAUUGUUCAGAAUGAAUGUUAAUUCAGAGGAAUGAGAUACCUAUUUCAUUUUUAAGUAAUCUAUCCAGCUAGUUGACUGAGUUGACAUAUUUUUUGAAUACAUUGUCGGAAGCAAACGUAGUUACAUUUCUGGCUAGCAAGCGAUCGGAGUGGAACAGAACAGCGUACUGAGUUUUUUGUUUUGCUUUUAUUCCAUACCGCUGCUAGCUAAAAAGCUAGCAAGGUUAGCUAACUGAUACGAUGGAACAUCACCAGGCAGCAAGUCGAUAUCAAGUGUUGCACAAUGAGGAUGAUCCCUCUGAAGUGGCCAACAGCACAGAGGCCUCUACUUCUGUCCCGGCAGCGGAGCCCCCUCCCGCCCAAUCAGCGGCAGCAGAAGCGGAAGCAGAGGCCCCACCCCCUUCAUACGCCAGUAUCGCUUUGGGAGCGACUGCGGCUCCAGAGUGCUGUUUCCAGGGUGACCUGCCCGUGCCCCCUCCGUACAGCGUGGCCACCUCGCUGCCCACCUACGACGAAGCGGAGACAGCCAAAGCGGCUGCCAUCGCCGCCGCUGCUGUGGACGUGGUGCCCAGGCUGGAGGAGGAUUUUCCCGCCCGCGGUGAUUUCAGUGAUGCCGAUCAGCUGAGGGUGGGGAAUGAUGGAAUAUUCCUGCUGGCCUUCUUCAUGGCCUUCCUGUUCAACUGGAUCGGCUUCUGCCUCUCGUUCUGCCUGCUGACCAACACCAUCGCAGGCCGAUACGGAGCCAUCUGCGGGUUCGGACUGUCCCUCAUCAAGUGGAUCCUCAUCGUCAGGUUUUCUGAUUAUUUUACUGGAUACUUCAAUGGCCAGUACUGGCUCUGGUGGAUAUUCCUUGUUCUUGGCCUCCUGCUCUUUUUCCGAGGGUUCGUGAACUACCUGAAAGUGCGGAACGUGUCAGAAAACUUGGCAGCAUCUCAUAGAACGCGCUUCUUCUUCCUGUACUAGAGCAAAUCUCCAGGUUUGUGGUAGAAAUUCCACCUAACAUCAGAUUUCUUGUGGAUUUGAACUCUGCAAGCCCUGCAAACCGAUCACGUGACCACAGGAAGGGGAAAAAUGACCCCACACUGGUGCUCUGAAACCUGAUGAAAUGAACAAAUGUACCUUCACCCUUUGGUAAAUGAGUAUGUACGACCAAGGUCAUACACACUUGGACAUAGCGAACAAAUUUUACAUCUCCCAGCCGCCCCCCCCCCCACACACACACACGCACAUUUUAAGGGAACUCUGUCAUUGGAACAACACUAAUUGCUCAUCCACUUUCAUAUCGCACUCUAAUGGGAAUAUUUCUGCUGUUCAUUUAUAUCGCAUUAACAUUCAGCAAAAGAUGCCUAAUAAUAUGCAACCAAGGAGCUCUAUGCAAUAAUCCUCUUCUCAAAGUAUUUUCAAAACCAUAGCUUAAAACAAACAAAAAUUAAAAAUCUGUAGGAAUGAUUAUAUUUCAGCAUUUCCACAAUUUUGUAAGUAUUUCCUUGGUAAUUGCAAAUAUUUAUUGGUAUUCCUGGUACAGUAUUUGCUUUGGUAGGGAGUUUCCUUGAUUUCAUAUUAAACUGGAACUGUCAUAAGCUUGGGCCAGUUUUUUUUUUCUUUUUUUAAUUUAUAUUUUUUUUAAUAUUGUGUGCACAAUACGUGAAUAUACAUUUACAUUUAGGUUGUGACUGGCAUAAAAUAACACCGCUUUGUCAAUAUCUUUUCAACUGGAAUCCAUAGUUAUCCCGAUAUCAGACUUAGCUUUUCCAUUUUGAAAUUACUGUAAUUAGUUUAAACUGUGAUGUUUUUUUUUUGUCUUGAUUGUAAAGUUUCCUUAAUGCUUCAGUUUUUUUUUUCUUUCUAUAAAAGCCAUUCCAGCAGCUACAGCAAAUGCAUGGUUUACUAUGCUGCUUUAAAUCAAUGCAACAAUAUAUUCUCUAAUGUACGUUUGUAAACAAGCAUUUUUUUUGUUUGAUUUUUGUUUUUAAUAAUUUUGUCAUUUCUCAAUUUAAGGUGAUUGAGUAUGCUUCAUUGAAUUCUACUGUAUCUUGCCAAAUGUCAAUAAAGAUUAACAUGCAUCCUG